CACCGACCACCCUCAAUGCCAAUCUGCAUAGAAUGUCGCUAUCCAGUCAAGACCCUCUACACGACCUACAGCAAAGCCGAUGAUCGCUCUCUGGGCAAGGGGGUGCGGCUAACGCAAUGCCCGCGCUGCAAACGCUUCGCCGACAAAUAUGUAGAGCACGAUUUUGUCGUGUUAUUCAUUGACCUCGUCUUGAUCAAGCCUCAGGUCUACAGACACCUCCUCUUCAAUCGCCUCGGCCGCGACGACGACCGCUUCGACCGCUCUAUAAUCCGCCUAGGAAUCCUCCUCCUCCUCUUCGACGUCUACCUCACCUGGGCGCGCAUCGAAAAGCUCUCCCCACCGCUCUCCUCCACAACCGCCCGCAACACCACCUCCCCCGCGGCUCUACCCACCACUGCGCCCACCAACGCAACCCUGCUCAGCACGCAGCCCCUCGUGCUGCAAUACCUCUUCUUCCUCUUCCUCGUCGCCCUCUCCACCGCCGCCUUCCACCUCCCCAUCCGCCUGCUCUGCGCGCACCCGCCGCGCCUCCCCGCCCUCAACCUCCACCUCCCCACCAUCCCGCUCCCCGCGCGCGUUCGCGAAGUCGUAGCAGCGCUCACGCCGACGGUGCCGCUGUUCCCGUACUACCCGCACCCGACGCCGCUGAGCACGGCGCUGCUGGUGUCCAGCUGCACGAAGCUGUUCCCGAUUCUGCUGAUUAUCUGGGAGUAUGACUUGCCGAGCUCGGCGAGCGCGGUCAGUUGGGCGGUGAUUGUGAAUAAUGUUGCGGCGUUGGAGAUUCUGAUGGAUUGUGGGUAUGUGAGGGCGGCGGUGUUGGUCGGGGUCGGGGCGGGGUGUAGGGGGUUGGUGGCCGGCGGGGUGUUGAAGGCGGUGGGAUUAGGCGGAUGGGGUUGGGAGGGGUGGGAGGUUGUGGGCGAGGGAUGGACGGGGUGGUUGAGGUGA